AUGUGGGAUGACUUCCAGGCGAUGUACACCAAAUUAACUGUAUAUGGCGAGCAAGGUUCCCACUGGCAAUACUAUUCGAUUCCAAUUGAUGAGAUGGAAGAGGACUUCCAGGUGGUCUUCACACCCUCGGAUCCCAAAUCUCGUUCUGGGGACAUUGCCAUCGACGACGUGAAAUUAACGAGAGGAAAGUGUAUAGCCGAAAAGCCCAAAGCUUCUCCGUUACCAGAUAAUGAAAAUGGCAGCCCUAAAAUUGAAACCACUACAUCAUCUACAUUCACAACCGUCACGCCAUCGUCCACGAAAGCACCAGAAUCGCCUGAAUCUAACAAUGGUCACUCGUCAAAAAAUCCAUCAGAUGUUGAAGAGCCGGGUUGUCCUGAGAUGCCGAAACCAGAGAGAGGUUUUAUUGUAUAUUAUAAUAAGGAGAAGGCUUUCUCUGCUGCCGCCGAUGCCAUAAAAGCGGAGAUAAUCUGUGCGUAUGAAGUCGAUCUAGAAGGAUCUAAAACCACAACCUGUCAGAACAACGAGUGGUCACCUGAAUUGGGGACAUGCGGCGAAAAGACCAAUGAAAAUGAAAAGUCCUCAGAAAAUGAAGAAAAGUCACAGGAAUCCACUACCGAAAGCCCUAAACCUUUUGAGACUUCGACAACCGUGAUUGAAAAGCAGACAAAAGUCAAGGAUCCGAAAUUCGUUCAGUUCAGUCAGUUUUUAGCUUCAAUGGCUUUUGCAGUUCUUUUCUGGUCACUAACAAUAUUUAUAUUAUUUAACGUUGCCCAACCAAAUGAAAACUGUAAUUUCGACAUUAGCCUGGCCAACGGAAAAGUUACGGAGACAUCCAGUGUGUUCCUAGGUGAUAACAUCGAGUUCGAGUGUAAUCGGGGAUACACAUUGCAGGGAAAAUCUUGGCAUCUCGGCAGCGGAAAUAUUUUGAAGCGAUUCUGUGCCAAGGCGGGUUGCAGGGAUUUCGAAAAGCCAGAAAACGGAUUUAUAUCCGCCUACGGAGGAGGCUUAAGGGCGGUGAUCGAAUGCGAUGAAGAGUUCGUUCUCCGAGGAAAUCCCGGAACUUACUGCAAUGGAACCGAGUGGAUAAUUCCGUUGGGAACCUGCCAGAAGAAAAGUAACCCAGGUGACUUUUCCUGCGACUUUGAGAGGGAGGAUCUGUGCGGUUGGGAGGCCAGUGUAGCAAUACCACAGCCAUGGCAGCGAGUCAGUGCUGCGUUUGAUUUCCUAAAAACAAAGUGCAUCCGGCAGGAUCACACCUUUCGAAGCGACGUCCAAGGACACUUUAUUCGCUUGCAAUCGCAGGUUCAUGCUUCCCGGACCUCUCACUUCAUAUCGCCGAUCUAUCCCAGGGAUCUGACUUUGGGCCACUCCCUGCGCUUUCAGUUCCAACUCUUCAUGUCUCAGACGGGAAGUAAAAGCCUGGUAAUCUCAGUGAAACCCUUUUCAAUGCCAGUCCAGGAUAUGUGGCAGAGUUUCAGGGAGAGCUCCAUCAAACUCAUUGUAUCCGGCGAUCAAGGAACCAACUGGCAAAGCCAUUCCAUCCAUAUCGGUGAAAUGGAGACCGAUUUCCAGGUGGUCUUCACAGUCACGGAACCCAGCUCUCUAAACGGGGACAUUGGCAUCGACGAUGUGGAAUUUAUCGAACAGUGA